UGUAUUGGAAGUAUGCAUUCAGCCGGGGACCUGCUCCAACAGCAGGACUCCACAUCGAACUGGCUAGGUUCACUAAACGGGACGCCAUUUAAUGUUUACAUUAAGUAAGUGUACGCUAAAAAUAAAUGUUAAUAUUGACAACUUGUGUGUGACAUCCACUUGCACACUGACCUACAUGCCGACAGAGCACAUCUGCCGUGCUGAUUACGCCAGCCACAACCAGACGAGACGCGGCGCCAUGGCUCUCACUGAGUUUAACUACACAUCGCCCUUCGAGGCUACUGACGCGAUGAAAAGAGGAUUUGAUGAGAAGGGAUAUGUUAUUAUUCGUGGUCUUCUCGAGCCCGAUGAACUGAAGAAAGUGACACGCGCCUUCGAGGAGAGUGAAUAUAUCCAGGCUAAUGCGUAUUCUACAGAUGACAACACUGGAAGGAAGACUCGCGUGGCAUGUUGGAAACAACCAGGUGAUGACGUCACAGGUCUUGUCACGCGCAGUGAAAGGGUUGUGAGGACUUGUGAAAAGUUGCUGGGAGGCGAGGUGUUCCACUACCACUCCAAGAUUAACAUGAAGGACGCGAGGACUGGAGGGCAGUUUGUCUGGCACCAGGACUACGGGUACUGGUACCAGAACGGGAUCCUGUUCCCUGACAUGAUCAGUGUCUUCAUCGCCGUGGACGCCAGUUUACGAGAGAAUGGCUGUCUGCAGAUUCUGGAAGGGUCCCACAAGUGUGGCCGCAUCGAUCACGGGUUAGUCGCGGGCCAGACGGGAGCGGACGAGGCAAGGGUGGAGUUAAUCAAAGACGCACUCCCACUGAAAUACGUCGAGAUGCAGCCAGGAGACGCUGUCUUCUUCCACAGCAACGUCCUGCACACCAGCAGCCCCAACGUGAGUGACAGACGCCGCUGGGUGUUCAUCUCCUGCUACAACAAAGUCUCCAAUAAGUCGGUCAAAAAACACCAUUUCCCCUCGUGUGGAAAACUGGACAUUGUGUGUGACUCGGCCAUCCGGAGCUGCACUAACGUCACGGACAUGUCUGGGAAAGACUUCCUGGACCCCAAUGACAAUACGUUGAUUAAAGCUGCGAAAUAGAAGUCACACGACUAGAUAGAUACCCGGGUGACGUGAUCCUGCAGGAUACCCGGACGUGAUCAGGAUGAUCCACUCCGUUACUCAUAUCGUACCCAAGACAAACUUUGUGAUAACAUCUUCGUUACACUGUGUUACACUGGAAAUGCAAGUUUCUGUCAUAUGUUCUUAUUUUCAGUCAAAUAAUAUGUAUUCCAGGUCUUAUUCUUAUAAAAAGUGCCAACGUAAUUUAAUUUAAAAUAAAUAUUAACCACCUUUUG